AUAAAAAAUGUAGGUGCGUAGUGGAAGAUAUGAGGUUGAUUCUUGCCUUUUACCUUUAGUAACUAGCCCAGUCAGUAACAUUAGAGUAUACAAUGGUUAUUGGGUUAAUGGAUUCCGGUUUCAUACUAUCACAUAUGAACAAAAUAAAAAGACCAUGAAUAGCGGUGUUUGUGUGAAGGGAACCACUUUCAAUGAUGAGUCAGAUUAUUAUGGGAGUUUGAAGGAAAUAAUUGAGUUUCAGUAUUUUGACUCAUAUGUUCAUCAAUCAGUGAUUUUGUUCAAGUGUGAGUGGUAUGAUAUCAACAAAGGCAUCGUGGUCCAUCCAACAUCUGGUAUAGUUGACAUAAAUCCUCAGUUUAAAUUACAAACAAAUGAACAAUUCAUAUUGGCCAGUCAAGCUCAACAAGUGUUUUAUGCCCGUUACCCAUCUCAAAAUCCUUGUAGAAAAGGGUGGUUUGCUGCAUGUAAGAUUAGAGCAAGAGCAAUAAUUGACACUUCAUCAUUGAGUGAUGGUGGAAAUGUUUAUUAUCAAGAUGAUGAUCCUCAUAUGCCACAAUUGGUGCAACCCUUGACUAUUUUAAAUGAUCAUGUUUCACUGGCAUCUCAAGGGGGAGAACAAGUAGUGAUUAGUGAGGUCAUGCAAUUGCCAUAUGUGGCAGAGGAAGAAUGUGUGGGUGAGGAUGAUGAUGAAGAGGAAGAGUUUGAUAGAACAUAAACAUCGAAAGAAGAAGUUCCAAAUUACUUAAUCGAGAGUGAUAGUGACUAAGUGUAUCUUAUUUGAUUUUUUUAAUUAAUUAAAUAAGGGAUGAAGGACUAGUUAUAUUUUCUUUAUUUUGUGUUUCCAUUAAUGACUUUUAUAUUUAUAUUUAUAUCAAUAGACAUUUAUAAUUCUU